AUGGCUCUUGAUCCGGAGUCCGUCUUAGCAAAGCUUGAUGCUAGUGCGCCCGAGCAAACCGAUGCUUUACGAUAUUUGAAGAAUCAAGUAAUCGGUCACAUAGAAAGAAAGGAAGAAUGGCUUCAACGCGGCAUACUUCUUCCUAUCGUCAGAAUAUUAUCUUUGGGUGCCAUUGAGGCGGGCGAGAGGAACCCAGAAACUCCGUUUUUGGCCGUAGAUAUAUUGACCGACGAGGACAAUGCCAAGUUGCAAGCUCUACAGCUUCUUAGCAGCUUUGCAAAUGCAGGUCCAUCAUUCCUCUCUCCGAUGCACGCGGCGGAUGUGUUGCCUGCAGUCCUGAGCCGUUCAACCCUCCAAAAUGAGAACCCCCAGAUUGCCCUAGCUGCUCUCCGAGUCCUGCGAGAUGUCGCUGCCACUGCUACAUACGCUUCUCCAUCUUCGCCAAUCACUCUAGAAUACCUCGCCGACAUGUUAUUUUCCGAUAGCCACGUACCGUCUCUCUACUAUGUUCUAUCUCUCAGUACGCACAACGCAGAAGCCCAGAUCACCAUUGUGUCCCACCUUAUAAAGGACCUUUGCCGUGAGGAACGUCACCAGUCGAUUCUGGUCAGCAGUGGGAUCCUUGACGCGCUUGCCACGAAGCUAGCAAGUUUCGCAGUUGCCCAAGGACAGGUGAUACCGAGGGCGGAGAUCAUCGCUGCGAUGGAGGGUCUAGAAAACUACAUACCGAAACCUGCCCCAACCUCUAGGAGUUUGGAGGGUAUUUUAGGUGCAAUUGCUUCUAUUAUACGCGAUUCACCAUACCGAGCUUGCAAGCUUCUCUACUCACCCUCCAUUCUGGCUAUAUUCCCUGUAGCCGAUGUCGAUCACCUAAUCAAAACUGAACCGCAAUCGUAUCCUAGCUCUAUGGAACUGCCUGGACUGCGGCCGACAAAACAUUUGAACUUCGAACCUAUGAGCCUUCUUCUUCCCCGUAUGGCCCAAGAGUCUACAUAUACCACACCUUCUCCAUCAAAUACAUUACGAGAAAGUUCGAGUCGCAAUGAGCGGUCCGCAUCCAGGUUCCCCAGUAACACAGCCUCACGAACUCCUUCAGCCGAUACUUACACCUCGACAAACGAUAUCGAGGGUGAAGAAGCUGAAAGUCCUAUGAUACCGUGGCUUCUUACCUUGAUCAGAUCGACGAAUGGUACUGAGAUGUUGAUGGCCGUUUCUGUCUUGGCUUCUCUCUUCAAGGCUGGGUUUUCUUACAAGUCAAGAGAAGCUGACCUAGGGCUUCUUGUCGUGCCCGUUCUUUUGAGCAUGCUAAACGACGUCCAGACUAAGCUGAGGGAUAUCGACUACAACUCCUCUAAUCAUGAUACCGUUUCUACACUCAAAAUUGUCGAGGAGGCACCUGCUAUAUUGGCCCGUCUCAUAACUGAUAGUGAACUGCUACAGAAAGCUGCUUUUAAUAGCAAUGCAGUUAAAACAAUAUGUAAACUACUCAAAGACAGCUACGAUGCACCACCCCCUGUUACCAAAUCAUGGUCCUUACGCAAAAGCCCGGAGUCGGCGGCCGAACUACGGCCUGAGUGCCGGCUAGGUGAAGAAGGCCAGCACCGGUGUUAUGUCCAUCGCACCAAGGUAAAGGAAAGCACACUGCGGGCUUUGGGUGCGGUAGCGUCUUUUAAAGACGAUUAUCGGAAGGCAGUCGUUGAUCAAGACGUAAUUCCUCGCAUCGUCGAAUCUCUUACCCCAAGCCAUAACAAUCCAGUCUCGGUUGUUUUAGCAGCUUGCUAUGCAGUUCGUAUGCUCUCUCGUUCAGUUGGCAUUCUUCGGACGGCUUUGGUCGAUAAUACAGUGUACGCCCCCUUACUUCAGCUAUUGCAAUGGCAUGAUACAGACGUACAGGUAGCUGCUGCUGCAACUGUGUGUAAUCUGGUCAUGGACUUUAGUCCGAUGAGAGAAUCACUUGUUCAAGCCGGGAUCUUGAAGGCACUCUGUGAGCUUGCGCAUUCUCAUAGUGCCGAUUUACGAUUGAAUUCCCUGUGGGCUCUCAAGCACCUAGUGUACUCGGCUAGUGUUGAUUUGAAGAAGAGAUGCGUAGAAGAAUUAGAAUCUGGAUGGCUAGUCCGCUUGAUCGUCGACGAUACCGAGGAUCAGGCCCUUUUCUCUGCGUCUACGAAGGCAAGGAGUGAAAGACCAGAGACGACAACCGAUAUGGAUGAAGACAUAGACAUGGGCAUCGGCGAGGACCACGAUCGGGCUUGGCUAUCGACGUCUUUCUACAAGACGCCCACCCCUCGGGCCCAUCCAAAUGUUCGUAUACUGCGGCUCGCCGAGACACGCCUAGAAGCGCUGCGCGAAUCUGAGUCGAGUCUCAUACGGAAGGCUAGGCAUGACGAUAUGGCCAUUCAAGAGCAAGGUCUCGGGCUCAUCCGCAACCUGAUCGAAAGUGGUCAUUCCAGUGGUAGUGCCGACUCGCCAAAUGACACGACGGAGAUGAUUGACUAUCUGUUCAACACUUUGGGACAAGACCGACUGUUUGACAUACUUAGUGCUAAACUACGAGUUAAGGUCCUCCAUCCAUUAGGCCGACGAGACGCUUCGGGCAGCGAGACGCGGAUUCUUCCUCCCCAAGCCAAGACUAUCGAAUCAGUCAUAUAUAUUCUAGUCCAUAUAGCAGCUAGUAUACCACGUCACCGACAACUUGUGGUAUCCCAAACGGAAUUGCUCAAGCAGCUAGCAAAGCUAUUCAGCAGCCACGACAGGGAAGUGCGAGUUGCCCUAUGCCACCUGAUCAACAACCUAACAUGGCAAGAUAACGCCAGCGAUGGACCUGGAUGUUCACAGAGGGCCCUCGAACUCAAGAACUUGGGGUUCUUGUCAAAACUGGAGGCACUCGAAAGGAACGACGAUGAGCUCGACGUACGCGAGCGAGCAAAGUCGGCGGUAUGGCAGAUGAAGCCAUCGCAUUAACCCCAAUAACUGUUAAUUUCCCCCCUACCAGAAACAAGAAAGGGGGUUUAGAAAUUAUGGUACGGAACGCGGUUGUAAUAGUAUGGUGUGUAGCAACUUUAAAAGACGAAUACAAUGGACGGAUACACACAACAGAGAAUUUGGGGGUUGCAUGGAUCGGCGGUGCUACAAAGGCAAAUCAAUACCUACUUAGUUGGCGCGUUGGCAUUUCAGGAGAGCCAUACAAACUUAUACCCGUCGCGAGGCGAACGUGUGUUCUGUGGAUAGUAUGAUAGUGCUGUCGUUGUUGUCAGCAUGAAAAUGAUCGAUCCGUUUGCCUUUCCAUCUAUCUUGCUUACCGUAUGCAUGUACCUACCUAAUACCUACCCUCCCCUUCCCCCGGUGUUGCUUGAGAGCACACGGCAGACAAUGGAUGCAUGAACGCGCUGGGAUUUCAGGAGGCGACGACAGCUAGCCCGGACCAAGUUCACCGGGCGGAUGAACAUUGGAUGUGAGCCAAUGGUGCACACGGCGUGGGUGACACGAGAGACUUGGUUUGCUGGGCGUUGUUACUACAUA